AUGUCGGCACUGGGGCCGCCCGGCUCCAACCCGCAUGGCGCCUUGAAUUUCUCCCAGGCUGGCCUCCGUCGCAACACCGCCUUUCAACCAUCCCGCCCGAAUCAGCCAAAUAAGCAGUCGCCUGUACCCUCGCCCUACCAGCCACAGUCUCAUGCCUACACACCGCAGCAGCCGCAACAUCAGACUACUUAUCAACAGAUCUUUACCCCGAGUGGCAUAAAUACCAAUCUUUCCAAUGGACCUCCGCGCGCUCCCUCGCAUGUCUCCAAUACCCUCGGCGCACAGCGCCAGCGCGCUGCCCCGUCUCGCCAGCAAAUGUCCCAGUCGAAUCCACCGCCAAUGGUCUUCCCAGGCUCCAUGAACCAGUCAAUUCAGCACGACCCAAUCCUUUCUCACCACCAGCAGCAACCUCAUCACCAACAACAACAUCCAGGACAUCAGGGCCACCAGCAGCAAGGCCAGCACCAACAGCAUCCGCAGCACCAGCAGCAACACCAGCACCCUGGCCAUCCCACCCACCCUCUGACAGCUCACCAUAGUCAACAGAGCCACCAAGCGCAACAAUCCCAUCAGCACCAGCCUCACCAAUCCCACCAUCAUCCUGCGCACCCAACUCACCAACAUCCGGCUCAUCAAAGUCAUCCGCUACACCAACCCCAUCAAUCGCUCCAGCAGCAGCAUCAGCAACAGCAACAGCAGCAGCAGCAGCAGCAGCAGCAGCAGCAGCAGGCUCAACAACAACAGCAACAACAACAGGCUCAGCAGCAACAGCAACAACAGCAUGCACAACAGCAGCAGCAGGCUCAUCAGCAACAGCAGGCUCAACAGCAACAGCAGGCUCAACAGCAACAAGCUCAACACCAGCAAGCCCAGCAGCAACAGCAAGUUCAGCAGAAGCAACAACCCCAACCCCAACCCCCGCCGCAACAGCGCACUCCGCAGCCUCAACCGCAGAAGCAGCCGACACCUCAGCAGCAGCAGCAACAACAGCAACCGAUUCCCCCGAGUCAACAGCAAUCUUUGCAGCACCAGGCAAAGAGCCGUACCCCUCAGGCACAGCAGACUCAUGUUACUCCCCAGGCCCCUCCAGCUCAACUCCCGCAACAACAAGGGGAUCAUGCCGUCGAUGAUCUCGAAAUGGACGGCCAGGGAGCACCGGAGGGUUCUAAUGCAUUGGACGCUAAGCUUCGCAACGACCCCUCGUUUGUGCCGUCUCAACCUAUGGGCGAGAUGAUGUCGCCGCCGCCUGAAGGUGGCAGUUAUCCCACACUAGAAGCUGUGCAAAAAGCAGUUCUUCGCUACUGCACCUCUGUCGGCUAUGCUAUUGUCAUUGGCCGCUCAAAGAAGACUGUACCCGGGCUGAAGAAAGUACUUUUUGUGUGUGACAGAGCUGGAAAGCCGCCGAGCCGCGUCAGCCCCGAAUUCCGCAAGCGUAAGACUUCAUCUCGCAAAUGUGACUGCCCCUUUGGCUUCUUUGCGAUCGAGCAGCGCACACAGUGGACUAUUCGUUACCGACCCAACCCGCAACAUCUGACGCACAACCAUGGACCUAGUGAAGGUCCCUCUGAUCACCCUGCUGCUAGGAAACUGGAUAGCAAAAUGGUCGCGGAAGUAAAGAGACUCAAAGAAAACGGGGCCGGUGUACCGGAAACCUUACAAAUUCUGCAAACUGAGAAUCCUGAAUGCCACCUGCUCCCGAGAGACAUCUACAAUGCACGAGCGGCUAUCAACCGUAACCCGACCAAGGUGGCUUCCGGCAUUGCUGAAAACCGACCGGCGAUAUAUACAAAGACGGCGCAGUCUCCUGAGGACCGAAUUCGCGCUGAUCUGCGGCGGGAGCUGUCAAAGGCCCGCGAUGACAUGAAAAAGAUGGAAGAGGAGAAGCAAAAAGAGAUUGAUGCGCUCCAGACCAAACUCAAAGAAAAGGAGCAACUGAUUGAAAAAUUCGAAAUGUUCAUUGACAUCUGCAACGAAAGAGUCAUGGUUCAGCGCCAGAGACUGGCUGGGCAGGAGCAGGGAGGUGCUAGCGGAAGCAAUGUAGCACCCUGA